AUGUCCCGGAAGCGCAAUCUCGAGCCCGCCGCGCAGGAGGCGCCUGCAACCGGCCAGAAGCGCCGCAAGCAGUAUACCGAGCAGGAUGCUGAGCUCGCGCGUCUUCUCGACCGUCUCGCAGACGAGGCCCGCGAUGUGCGCCUUGGUGCCGCGAAAGAGCUUGUCCUCAAGCUCUCUUCUGAUCCACCAGCGGAACUGGUCAACAAGAUCAUCGUGCGACUAAUCAAGGGACUAAACAGCAGUCGCAAGGCCGCGCGCUUCGGCUUCUUCGUGGCGCUCACCGAGACCUUCCGUCAGCUCUACAGUCCCUCCAGCAAAGAAAUCCCCGGUCUAGAGCCCAACAUCCACGGUCUCGUCAAACUCAUAGCCGAGCUGACGACGGUCGAGGGAAAGGCCACCGGCCAGGAAAAACGAGAUCAUCUCCUCGGCCGUGUCUUUGGCUACAAGGCCAUUAUCCAGUCCUCGAUCCUCGUACAACCGAAUGCCCCCAAAGAAUGCUGGGCGAAUGUCUUGGAGCAAUUGUUCAAGCUUGCACGCGAGAAGCCGUGGUUGCGUGAAGAAUGCGGCCUGAUUUUAGGCGAGGCCGUCAAGGCCGUUAUUACGCUGGAGAAAGGAGAGCACAAAGCGAAGCGAAUCAUAGACGGAAUCUGUUCUGAGGGCUUGGCGAAGACUCCGGAAGGUGUUGCCGUAUGGCUGACCGCGCAGUCUGCGUUCCCGAACAUGGAGUUCCCACAAGGAGUCUGGCACAAGGAAGAUCCAUUGUCAACCAAGGACAGACAAUCGUUGGCCAAUGUCAUGAAGGAAAACUUCGCCAAGACCGCCGAUGGUGCGACCGAAAAUGGGAAGAAGGUGAAGUCUGGCAGCUCCCAGACAACUCUCAACUUUGCUUGGGACGUUGUUAUCUCGUCCUUCCUGCAGAAAUACGUCGAGUUUCGGCCAAAGUUCGCCAACUUCUGGAUUGACAUUGUAGACAAUAACCUAUUCUCGGCUUCGGCAUCUGCCGAGCAGAAAUCGAAAGGCUUCCAGCUCUUCUCGAGAAUGCUUGGAAGUGCUCCCGGAUGGGCAGUUCCAGCCCUGUUCAGUCCAAACCUUAUGCGAUGCCUCAUCAACCAGCGGAAUGAUUCUGAAAGAAUCCUGCACAAUGCCGCAAAGCUCCCCCUGGAUGACAUGCGUGCGAGGGCAAAGAAGGACCCCGAGUCUGCUGCACCCAUGAUUGAGAAUCUGAUCACUAAGCAUGGCUCGCUCAACUUUGACCAGAUAACGAGGAGCAAGACCGUAGAAGGCGUCUUGAGCCACGCUAACGAUGUCGCGCUUGGGGAGAUCGUGCAGCUGUUCAGGCGACUCAUCUACAGCCCCGAGGAGCGCGAUGAGAAGGUUGCAGAAACCCAGCGUCGCUCUGUCGCGGACAUGUUGGUUACGAUUGUCAGAUCUCGCAACAAGGAAAACCCUAUCGGCAGCGAUGACUCGUGGCUGCGGAAGCUGCUGGCUUUCGUUACGGAACUUUCCUACUUCACACCCACUGCUGCGAUUUCUCCUGAUUUCUUGCCCAUUCCCGGCGUUUCUGACGCCUCUCGUAGCAUGUUCCAAGGCCGGUUAACAUCUUGCCUUGCUCACUUGCUGUCUUCGAAACUCGACGUGGAGAUGGACUAUCCGUUCGUGGUGGUAUCACACAUUCACAAACAGAGCAAGAAGAAAGGUUUGGCGCUUGUUUUUGAGGCGGAUAAGAAGGUGAUGAAGGUCGUUCAGGAUGCGCAGGAGAGGACCAAGGAAAUUUCAAAAAAGCUCUCCAAGGCCAAAGACAAGAAGAAGCCGGCUCUGCGCGCUUUCAAACUCCUUUAUUCCUUAACCAUCAUCCAGGUCUACAACGGAGACCCCGACGCCGUGUCGAUCCUAGACGAGCUGACGGACUGCUACGAGUCUGCCUUCAACGAUGAUGCGGAUGCGAACGCCUUCCAGCAACUAACCGAAGUCCUUCUUAGUUUUGCAGCAAAGCCAUCAGUACUGUUCAGAAAGCUGUCGGAGCAAGUCUUCACCGUCUUCGCUUCCGAGUUGACCGCAGAAGGUCUCCAAUCGAUGAUCGAUAUCCUGAGCAAGAAAGAGAGCAUGUCUGGCCAACAGGAUUUGUUCGAUCAGCAGGGUAGCGAGGACGAAGGAGAGGAUGACGAGUCGACAACUGAGAAUGAAGACGAGGACAGUGAUGAGGACAUGGACUCGGAUGUCGAACUGGUCGAGGCAGACGCAUCCGAUGUAGAAGAAGUCGAUGAAGGAUCCGGCGGUGAGGACGACAGUGACGAGGGUGAAGGCAGCGACGAAGAGGAUGAUGAAGAACUGGUGAAGUUCGACGCUGCGUUGGCCGAGGCCUUGAAUACAUCAGCGCCUGCGGGCCGGGAAGGUUCGGACGAUGACGAGGCGGACAUGGAUGACGACGACAUGAUGGCGCUGGAGCCGGCCCUCGUAAAGAUCUUCAAGCAACGCCGGGAGGCUGCGAACAAGAGCAAGAAGAAGGACAACAAAGACGCAAAGGCGACCAUGGUCAAUUUCAAGAACCGUGUGCUUGACUUGCUUCUCAUCUACGUCAAGCAGCAGCACGCGAAUCCUCUGGCCAUGGACACCAUAAUGCCGCUCCUCCGGCUCAUUCGCGAGACGAACACCAAGCAACUGGCUGAGAAGGCCUCGAACUUGCUCAAGCAAUACUCGGAUGCUGCGAAGAAGGGCAUGCCCGUGCUUGGAGACGGGGAGACUGACAGCGCGUGGCAACUGCUCAGUGACAUCCAUACCGAGGUCGCCAAGGACGCGUCGAAGCUCCACGCCGGCGCCUGCAGCCGCGCGAGUUUGUUCGUCGCAAAGGCCCUGGUUUCGAAGGACGAGAAAGACAAAGUGGAGAACUAUGGGAAGGUCGCCGAUUUGUACGCACGCACGCAGAAGAAUUGGUAUGCGGACCCGAAGUCGCAGCUGCACCCCUCGUUCUUCAACGAGUGGAUCAACUGGUCGGUCGCGACGAGGCAAAAUAAGUAG